GGCGGCGGUGCAGCCUCUCCCGGGAGCGGACGUGACGCGCGGGGCGCUCCGGGGCCGCUCCCGCGGCGAUGGAGGCGCGGGAGCCGCUGCGGGACGUGCGCGGGGCGCUGCGGGCGGUGCUGGCGCGGGUGCGAGAGGGAGAGCCGGGCGAGGGCCGAGAGCCGUUCGAGCUGCCGCGCUUCUGGGACGCGCUAGGUCAGACAUUCCAAGUAACGUCACAGGAAGCUACAAAGCUGAGUCUGGCGUUCUCGAGGCCUCCGCUACCUUCUGCAGAGGAUUGCCGGAAGCUGAGUGAAGAUGUCCAAAAUGCCAUUCUUGCAGUUGCCACAGUGUACUACUGGCUCCCCAAGGGCCAAGGUACUACUCUCCGGAAGAUGGUACGAGAUGCUACCACUGAAGUAGUGGAAGGGAUGAUCCAGCUCACAGACACAAUUCUCAAUGCUCCAGCAGAGAGCUUGUCUCAGGAACAGCUUAUAUCCACUGGAGGUGUGUGGGAGGCAUGUGAGCAAGUGUCCAACCUGCCACGGGAUAACCAGGCAGCAGUUGCAUCAGCUCUGACUGCGUGUCUAGGUGUGGUCAAGGAUGCUGUGGAGGAGAUGGAACAUGCACUGGUGGAAGGGCAGGAUCCCUAUGGUGACAUCAUGGAAGAUGAAGAGCUGGGCUUUCGGGGCAACAGAGACACAUAUUGGUCAGAAGGUGACCGGCAGCUGCUGAGCUCCUGCAUGGGGUUAAUGAAGGCUUCCAAAGCUUGCCUGAAGAAGGUCCUGGGUGCAGUGAAGGCCUAUGGCAAAGCUGAUUCUCCAGAGCAGAUUGCUCAGCUGGAUGACCUUGCAGACAUUGCUAAUGAGAUCAGUCCGAGUGUUGAUGAGCUGGCACUGAGCAUGUACCCACCUGUGAACCCUCUGGCUGUGCGACUUAAUGCUGCUAAGUUGGCCUCAGUGUUAAAGAAGGUCUUAGAGAUUGCAAAGACAAGCCAUGUGUGUCCACCAUCAGAGGAAGGCUGGGUGCAGUUUCUAGAUGGUGCAGUAGAUCACAACAUGAACAAAAUCAAGAACUUCACGCAGGGUCAACUUUAGCUCUCCUGUGCCUACGUGUGUUGCUGCCACUGGCUCUGGCACGUGCUUUUCCAGUGAAUCUUGCUGUUCUUCAGCUGCUUGGAGAAUGAGGAGAACAAUGUUUCUAGGAGAGAACCUUACUGCCACUUGGAAAAACUUUUCCAGGAAGUUGCUCUUUGCCAUUGCAGAAGUUGUCAUUUUAUUCGGAUUCUUGGGAUGAUGCAGUGCUGCAUCUUAACCUGCCCUGUUCUUCAGACAUUACAACUACUGUGGGGUUCAAAGAACAAUAAAAUAUUGCUAGAUUUGCAUUAGUUGCUUUCUCUGUCUUCAGGUGGCAGAGGAUAUAUACAGAAGGAAAGGGUCUUGCUUCUUUUGCAAGCAGCCCAAUGAACCAUUAUAAAAUAUGCUGCACUGUUGCUGUUUCCUGUUUAACCUUAGAGAGCAAUGAACAGCUUUCUCUUAUUCAUUCCCUCAGAAAGCAGCAGAAAAUACUGUUUACUACUUUAUUAAUAUCAAGGAUCUGUAGGGGGAGAGGGGUGUAUCUCUAGAGAAUUGCUACAUGUAUCAUCACUGUAAAGUUCCAGGAUAUCCUUUUGUUUUCACUGCUUCAGCAGUGGUGGGUUCAGCACAUGAGUGUGGUGAGAAAUGUCUGCUUGAGCCUUCAGCCCAUCUUUGUCACAGUAAGGUUCAACUUCUGAAACUGGGGAGUGGACAUAGUGCCAGAUGGGAGAGAGUUGAAUUUAUACAAAUAAUCAAAAUCAGACAUGGUUUUAAACUUAACUUUUAUUAAACUGUUAACAUCUGUGCUUGCCUAAGAUCGGGGCACAGAUCAUGACCACUCUUUUUGUAAGCAGGACCUGUUCCAAGCUGGGCCUCAGGCAGCUGCAAUGUCAGUAGUUCUGUAGCUCUUCAGGUUCUGGAGCUGAGGGCAGGUAAGUUGUGCAGUGAGUCUCCUGGGCCCUGCUCGGAUGGGGGUGAAUGGGAUUUGCAGCUCUUGAGUGCUUUUAGCUUGCACAGAUCCCAACCUGAAAGGUGAAAGUAAAAAGAAAAGAAAGGAGAAAAAGAAAUAGAAAAAAGCUAGCAGUUAUCUAAACUACCACAAUGGAAUUGUCAUCUGACAGUAGUUUGGGCAGGAGAUAGGACAGGAAAGUUGAAACUCCCCAUGGAGCCAUCUAAGGUGACUUUGUCCUAAUGCAGCUUCUUCAGAUAAAUGUGGGGUGUUUGUCCUGUGCAGGAGAGCACACCUUUUUGGAUGACUCUUGGCUAAGUCACAUUUGCCUGGUUCUUCAGUUGGGAAGAGGAAGACACCACUACAAUUGUACCCAGGGACUGUCUUUAUUGUUUAUAGUGGGUAAUGGGUGGAAAGAUAUGUCACAAACAGUAUAAUUUUACUCCACUUAAGGAUGUUCAAGUGGCUCACUAAAAAGUAAUUGAUUUCUCAACAGCAAAUAAUUUCUGAACUUCAUGGCUCAUUUCAGUGACCUCUAACUUGUCUUAUUUAAUGUGAGUGUCUGACUAAGUCUUGUGGUAUUUCUCCUGUUAUCCUUUUGUUGGCAGGAGGCUUUUCCUUUUGUUGUCUAGGCCUUUGGGGUUGAAGCUUUCACAGAUGUCAUAUUGGCUUCAACUUAUGCAUUACACAUUUGUUGGAAGUUCUGUUAGCUUCUCCUUUUGAGUGUGAAAAUCUUCUGUAUUGUAUGUAAAUAAAGGACAGAAUGCCUGAGGCUUUCAUGCUAAA